GAGGCAGAAGCCAGCUGCGGAGCGGAUGCUGCUGACAGUGAUUCAGCAUCCUCCCCUGCAGCCACCGGGAGGAGGAGGUCGCGCUAGGGCCGGGGAGGAAGGACAGCAGAAGGGCCCUUUCAGUGACACCCAAGGUAACGGGCUCUAGCCGCAGCCAGAGGUGCCUAUAAACCCUCUCCCGCUUCAUGCCGAUCAGUGAUGCCAGAUACCUGUCUCUUCCGUACUUGAGAGUCACCAUAAUCACAGAUUGAAAUGGUAUGACACAAGCUUUGAAUUAUUUGACUCUGAGGGCCUUCCGCCUGGUUUUCUGAAAACUUGGAACAGAAUUUGGACACCUGAUUCUGCAAAGCCCCAUGUUACAAUGCCAUCCUUGCCUAAUGAGGGAGAUAACCAAGGAACCUCUUGUCUGACUUUGAGUUCAGAACUGCCUUACCAAAGCACAAUUAAAAGAAAAGUCAGAAAGAAGAAGAAGAAUGGAAUCAUCACUGCGAACGUAGCUGGCACAAAAUAUGAAAUUGUUCGUUUAGUAAUAGAAGAGAUGGGGUUUGUGAAGACAAGAGAUGAAGAUGAGACUGCUAAUCUCAUAUGGAGCGAUUCUGCUGUACAACAAGAGAAGAUUGCGGAACUCCGAAACUACCAGAGAAUCAACCAUUUUCCAGGAAUGGGAGAGAUCUGUAGGAAGGAUUUCUUAGCAAGAAACAUGACCAAAAUGAUCAAGUCUCAGCCUCAGGAGUAUAGUUUUAUUCCUCGAACAUGGAUCUUCCCUGCAGAAUAUAUGCAGUUUCAGAAUUAUGUAAAGGAACUGAAGAAGAAGCGAAGACAGAAAACUUUCAUAGUCAAACCAGCUAAUGGUGCGAUGGGGCAUGGAAUCUCUCUGAUAAGAAAUGGAGAAAAACUACAAGCUCAGGAUCACUUGAUUGUUCAGGAAUACCUUGACAAACCAUUUCUUAUGGAAGGAUACAAGUUUGAUUUACGAGUGUACAUUCUGGUAACAUCCUGUGAUCCAUUAAAAAUAUUUUUGUAUCAUGAUGGACUUGUGAGAAUGGGCACAGAGAAGUACCAUCCUCCCAGUGAUUCUAAUUUGAGCCAGUUGUAUAUGCAUCUCACCAACUAUUCUGUGAAUAAACAUAAUGAGCGCUUUGAACGGGAUGAAACAGAAGAUAAAGGCAGUAAACGUUCCAUAAAAUGGUUUACUGAGUUUCUACAAACAAAUCAUCUUGAUGUUUCCAAAUUCUGGAGUGAUAUUUCAGAACUAGUGGUGAAGACUCUCAUAGUAGCAGAGCCACACGUCCUUCAUGCGUAUCGUAUGUGCAGACCAGGCCAAGCUCCAGGAAGUGACAGUGUCUGUUUUGAAGUACUGGGAUUUGAUAUUCUGCUGGACAGGAAACUAAAACCAUGGCUCCUGGAGAUUAAUCGAGCCCCAAGCUUUGGAACUGACCAAAAAAUAGACUAUGAUGUAAAAAAAGGUGUUCUACUAAAUGCACUAAAGCUUCUCAAUAUAAGGACAAGUGAUAAAAGAAAAAACUUAGCCCAACAAAAAGCUGAGGCUCAAAGGAGACUUUAUGGUCAAGGCUCAAUGAAAAGACUGUCGCCAGGCUCCUCUGACUGGGAAAAACAGCGCCACACGCUAGAGAGGAGACGAGAGGAACUGAAAGAAAGACUUGUGCAAGUUCGUAAACAGAUUUCCAGAGAAGAGCAUGAAAACAGACACCUGGGGAACUACAGGAGAAUUUACCCUCCUGAUGAUAAGCUGUUACUUGAAAAAUAUGAGACUUUGUUAGCCAUUGCUUUCCAGACGUUCCUUGCUGGAAGAGCAGCUUCACUUCAGCGGGAGUUGAAUAACCCUUUGAAAAGAAUGAAGGAGGAAGACAUUUUGGAUCUUUUGGAGCAAUGUGAACUAGAUGAUGAAAAACUGAUGGGAAAAUCCCCCAGGCAACGAGGACCCAAGCCCCUGUGUUCUAUGCCAGAAAGUUCACAGACCUUAAAAAAACAGAGGAACUACAGUAGUGAAAGUAGCAGUGACAGUAGCAUCACCACCUCAGAAUGGGAGGAGGAAACUGAGAAGGAAGAUCACAAUGAGAAAAAAGAGAUGAAAGUGUCAUUUGAGCUUGAAGAAAACAAGUAUCAAGUAUUAGAACGAGCCAGCAGAUUACAAAGGAAACCUUUAAUUAAAAAUAUAAAAACUCCAUCAUAUUCCACAUCAUCCACAGGUCCUAUAAGGCGUUCAGUAAGCUGUCCCCGUUCAAUAUCAAUCUUCGCUAUGCAGUCGCAAACAGCUGAGCAACGUCCCUUUUCAGCCAAACCUGCAGUGCAAAUGCCACAUCCAUCAUCAAUGAAUAGGUCCCAUUCUUUAAAUCGUAAUUCAUCUUCAGUCAGGAUGUGUCAUACUGCUAGUCUGAGCACAGCACACUCUUCAGGGAGAACAAAAGAACAAGAAGAAGCAUUGACAAGAGACACACUGCUAAUUUUCAAUGAGAUGAGGAUCAAGUUUCCAGGAAAAACAGAUGAAGAGGCAGAAUUAAUAAUAGAAAAUAUAAUGGAUAAUUGGAAAUUCCAUAAAACAAACGUGGCUUCAUAUUGGCUGAUAAAACUGGACUCUGUAAAGCAACGGAAGGUUUUGGACAUAGUGAGGACAAGUGUUCGUGCUGUUCUGCAACGUGUCUGGAGGGUUUCUGACGUUGAAUGUUUACAUUUGUACCGUAUUUUUAACCGUGUGUUUAAUCGCUUACUUUGGAGCCAUGGCCAAGGCCUGUGGAACUGUUUCUGUAAUUCAGGAAGUUCUUGGGAGACCAUAUUCAGUAAAAGGACAGAGGUGGUGACUCCUGAACAACUCCAGUGUUGUCAACGAAUAGUACUGCUUUGUAAACACUGCCUGCUAGUGGCUUACAAAUAUUCAGCAGAUUCAAGAGGAUCUCUUACUGGAGUUGGCCCUGACUGGGAUAAUACAAGGUAUUUACUGCCAGGACCUUCACAGUUCAUCAUGAAAACAUCCUCCAACUUUAUUUGCACUUCAUCUGGAAUGCCUCGCUCUAACAUUUUGUUUACACCCAGGUAUAGCCACUUGUGAAAUGAAGAGAAGGGUGCCAUGCUUGUUAAAUGUUUUUUUUCCCAUUUAAAUUUGUGAGGGAGCUAAAUAUAAGCACUGUUAUAUAUUUGCUAUAUACAUACAAUAAAAUUUAGCAGAAAUCCGACUGUAAAAGCAUAAUCUUUCUGGAAACCUAAUAAAACUUGUUAAGUUGUUUACACAAAUAUGUUAAUGUCUAGAUCUUGCUAGGUUUAUAAGUAAUUCCUUCCUACUAGAAUGUUAUUUUUGCUGCAAUAUGUAAAAUGGAAUUAGGCUUGGAGAUCCUAUUACAGUGUUAAAUUUAGGUACAAUAUCUUUUAACUUGAAAUAUAUUUAUUGUAAAUCAGACUGUUUAUUCUCUCAUAGGUGAUAAAAAGCUUGUUGUAGAAAAGUAAGAGUCAUUAAAUAUAAGUAGUCUUGAUUAUUUCUAUAACACAUUUUAAAAUAUUGUAAAAGCAAGAUCUAAUAUUCAGACAUGUUGUAUUUCUCUUAUGAAAUUACAAAGCAUGUGUAGUAAUGUUGUUUUUCAGUACAGACCCAAAGUAUCUUUUAGUCUAAAUGAAGAUAAUCCAGAGGGCAAAUAUUCAAAAAUACCAGUUCUGGCAAAUAGCUUCUAGUUGGAUCCUUGUAAAUAAAACAGAAGGCGACAGUUAUUGUCAGAUCUCCCUUCAUCUUCCUUGUGUCUUGUGCCUUUCAAUUUCAUUUAGAAUCAAGCAGUAAUCUACAACUCACAAAAGAGCCAUGAACAUUUGCUGCUGCACAAGUGAUGAAGCAAACAUUUUUCAGAAUUGCUGCAGUGCCAAACUAUCCUCUCUCAACCUUAAAAUAGUGUGGCUUGGUUUGGUUUUCACUGUAGGGAGCAUUAUAAGUUGUAGAAUGUGUACUCUCAUGGACAAUAUUUUUUAGAUUUGCUGAAACCCAAAGAAAAUGGUUGAAGAUACAAUUAAUUUGAUUUCUGUUACUCGGAAUCAGCUUUGUGGAAUGCAGAUCUGGCUGAGAGACCUAAUAAGGAAUUUGAUACACUCAUGAGCCAGAUCCUGAAGGUAGAGUUAAUCUGAAGUAUGGUCUAGAAACAUAAUUUUAAAGAGUUUUUAGUAUCCAUGUUUCUUCCAUAAAUUCCUAUACAUCAGAGGUCCCCAACUAUGGGUGUGCUCCCCUAAGAUGAGAUGCCAAAAAACCUUUGGGACAGGGACUGAAUGGCAGUCUGGGCCACCCAGCGCUGCCCCUCCCCAGCCUCACCCCCAGCUGUGGCACAGGCUCCCAGCCCUGCAUCUGAUCCUGUCCUCAGCUCCCAGGCCCGCCCCAUCCCAGCUUCAGCUCUUGGCUAUAGCUCCAACUCUGACCCAAAUACCACUCCCAGCUGCAGCCUGAGCCUCUGCCUCCUUACCCCUGUCUGUGUCCCCUCCCUCAGCUGUGGCCCAACUCCUGGCUCUGGCUCCUCAGAAGUUUGGGGGCCACUGCUAUACACGUACCUGCUAAGAAGUCGUUUUAAAAGUGAAUCCUGUUUAUAACUAGUUAACUGCCUUGUUCCUGUUUGGUGUCAAAGGCCUGUUCACUCACUGAUGAAAGUGGUCUUACCAUUUUUUUGUAGUUAUUUUCCAGCGUCAGUGUAAUAAAUAGGGUAUAGCCUAAUGACCCUUGUGCCAGAGUGAUGCAUGCCUUUUCCUACUCACAACAUUAAUAUUUCUCUGGGGUGAAUUUUAGAAACCUUGGCCAUAGCUUACCAAAUAGAGAAUAUUGGUGCCUAUGUUUUUGCCUGUCCAAGUUCUGUACCAUUUGUAACAGCAUGACUGUUCCCUAGAUUGGUUUUUAAAAAUGUAUUAUGCUUUUAAAAUUUGACUCCAAGGCUGAUCAGAUACAGACAGUCUGCUAGUCUGACAGACUCAAUUCCUCUUGCAUGUUAGUGCUGGUUUACUCACACAUCAUGCUCCCAUCAGUCCACUUCAUGUAUCACUGUGGAACAUACAGUGGUGACAGCUGAUAAUGCAAAUUACAGGUGAGAUUUAACAAAAUCUGUAAAUCCUGCUCUCUAGGGAGUACUAACCCACAGUGGUUUCCACAGUAUUCUGCUUUUGGCCAUGGGGGAAAUUUGAAUCAAUGUCCAAAGGUGCUGAGAAAAGGGACUGGGGAAGUCUUGUGGUAGAUUUUUUAAAAAAUAGGACAUUAAGUACAGAUAUGCAAAGUAGGUAUAACUAGAUAAAUCAAGGAUGUGUGGGAUGUACACAAAUGUAACAAGUGAUUGGUUUAGGUUUUCAAAAAUGGUUUUAGUUUCUAGUUGAUGUUUUACCAGUAUUCUUAUUUCUGAUGAGCCAUGCUGAAGUGAUAUUAAUAGUUAUUAAAUUAAUAUUUUUAAAGAAUGUAAUAAUCCUAAAUACUUUUAAUCUCUUCCACAUGUGUGGGCUGUUUACUCUGCAGUUAUCAUUGGGCUCUGUAUUGUAGUAUAAACCAGCUCACCAGCCAAUGCAUCAAAUAAAGCUCCCAACAGCAGCAAAUAUUUCAUUUUCUGUCUUCCAGGAUAGUCUUAGUAGUCAAAACUAAAACAGUCUAACUUAAACAAGUAAACUACAUCAUGCUGGUUAGCUCAUUUCAAAGGAUCACAACUGUGUAUCUAAAUUGUAUUAGAGACUUGGGGUGCCUUUACACUGCACCGUUAUUUUGAAGUAACUAGCCUUGUUCCAAAAUAACAAUGCGAGCAUCUACACAGCA